AUGCAAGUCAGCGCCAAUGGGACCAUCAGCAAUCCUCAGCGUACUUCGACUGGCGGUAAAGGCUCCAUUGCAUCAGAUGGGACGGCUCCUUUAGCUAGGGAUGCUUUGAUAUCCCAGGGCUCCGUGAUCGUGGGCGGUGAGUACCUCUUCACCGUCAACGCAGGCAGCAACACCUUGGCCAUGUUCAGCAUCGAUCCACAAGAUGCAUCGCGUGUGACGCUCGUGGGCGCCCCAGCUAGUACCCUCGGCGAAUUCCCGAUGUCCGUUACCUACUCGGACACACUUAACAUGGCCUGCGUUCUCAAUGGUGGUGCUAAAGCUGGAGUGACCUGCUUUCACGUCGACCGGCAAGGCGGCCUCCAGCCGACCGGAUCCUUCCUCUCUCUUGCCGGCAUCACGAACGAGACGACACCCCCAGUUGGGCCUCCAGAGUCCAGCUCACAGAUCCUGUUCACGCCAGACUCCUCCGCCCUGCUCGUCCUACAAAAGGGCAACGCAGGCCCACCAGUAUCGCCAGGUUAUAUUGUCGCCUACCCUGUAGUCAACGGACGAGUCUCUGGCAACUCAGUCAAGAACCAGUUCGCCAACGUGGCCAUGCCGUUCGCCGGAGUAUUCGUGGACAACGAUCGAGUGUUCAUGGCCGAUCCGUCCUACGGCGCCUCCAUAUUCGAAAUUCCUAGCGAUCUCGAACUUGUACAGCAGACCCAUGUUGUUCUGCCAACACAGAAAGCAGUUUGCUGGUCAGCAUACGAUGCAUCACUCAACACGGCAUAUGCCAUUGAUGCUGGACAGCCACUGGUCUACACCUUUGAUCCUAGCUCAGGUGCCCAGACCGGCUCCUUUAGCCCCGACGAGAGCGUACAAGGAUUGUUUGAUAGCGCUAUCAGCGAUGGGAAGAUGUACUCGCUUGCGGCGGCUAAUGGUAUCGUGGUUAUGGAUCUGGUAUCGCAGACGCAAGUUCAAUUCUACAACCUGACUAGUUUUGGCAAUAGGCAGUACUGGGACGGCAUGGCAGUGUCUUGGUAA